AUGGUGCACCUCUUGGCGCCCUUGCCCUAUGCGGCCGAAGCGGCCUGGCUCAUGCUGCUGCUGUACAUCAGCAAGGUCCAAGAACAGGAAGGUGGAGCGACGCUUCCGACCGGGUUCCGGUCAGUGAUGUACAUCGACGUCUUCGGCUGGAUCAAACGAGCCCGCGCUCAGAAGGAGGGCCAGGCCAGCCCCUGGGAACCGCGGGUGUCCGAAGAGACACGCCGCCUCCCGUCCCCUGCAGAGGCUGCAGUGCCUCAGCCGGGACGAGGUCCAGCACUGGAUGCUGUACACUACGAUGGCAGCAUCUUGAAAGGCCCAGCUCCGCGGCGGCCAGAGCUGCUGCCAGGCGCUGCCAAGCCUCCUCCAGAGACCUUAGCCACUAAAGAAAUGUUCGAUCCGACAACUUUUGUCCCGAGGGAGAAGGAUGGACAGCAUGCGAAUCACGCAGAGGACAUCCACCCUUACCUGAAGCCGGGUGUAGUGCCCUGGAGAAUCUUCUGCUCAGCGACCACGUUGCUUCUGGUCCUCUGGUGGAUCUCCGGAGUGCUUGUCCUGCUUCAGUCUUCUGGAUGGUCUGCGCUGCGCGUCUCGCCGCUUCUCCAUGACUCGGAGGAGGGGCCUGCGCCAAUCGAGCAAACGCAGACGGCAUCCUUUUUGCUGGAAGAGGUCAGAAUCCAGCCAAAUCCCAUUGCUGAGUCCUUGCAUGGAGAGCACGUCGCCACAUUCUGGCCUCCAGGAGCCUCUCCGAGGCACCUCUCCUGUGCAUCGGCAGAUGGAGCCGUGCGCUUCGCCGCCAGCAGUCGGUUCGGCCUUUUCGAGGCAACGCUGAACACUGGCCUGAAGAGCAAUGCCAGCAACCCCGGCAACUCCAGCGCCGAAUUCCAUUUCGCUCCUGUCUGUGAUGAUUUGGAAGGUGAGGCGCUGCAGGACCUCAGCCUGUUAUGCAGUGGCCACGACUGCCACGCGCAGGUGCUGCACCGCCAAGGCCAGCGCCUGGCGAGUUGUGCACUGGGCGCCGCGGCUCGGGCUCCGGAGGCUGUGAUGUCACUGGGUGACACCUGGCUGGGUCAGGGAGAUGCAGCCCGCGACGAGUCCCAGGAGGAGGUUUCAUCCCUCGCCAUGAUGGAUCGCUGCAUUAGCGGUUCAGAGCGUUGCGCCUACGCAGAGACCACGGGUGGGCGUCUGGUGGAGCUCAAGUCUGGACUGGUGCAAGGCUCUGUGGACUGGUUGCCGACCCGAGUUCUUCUAGCAGAUGUUGGUCGUGCAGCGAUGCGGAAAGGCGCCGCUCUCCACACGCUUGGCGACCGCUAUUUAGCAAUGUUGGUGACUGGAGGGAGGGAGCUGCGCGUCUUCGACCUCCGCCAGUCAGGCAAGAUGGUGCAGAGAUAUCCUCUGCCAGCGCAGAAGCAGUGGAGCUCCAUGUGCAGUGCGGGCAGCAACCUCUAUCUGCUAUCAGAGGACCGGGCAGAGGCCGCGCAGAUCUUCCGCUUCCCGCUCCCACAGUCCUUAUUGCCUCCUGCACAAACGAAGCCAGCUGUGCUUUCGGAGAAGGUCAAAGCUGCACCGACGCAGCCUCCAAUGACCUUGGCAUCCGCAUACACGCAGCCCAAGGAGGAGCUAUUGGAGAAUGCCAAAGCAAGCGAUGUGUUCGGUACCGUGCCACUCUUCGCGGCAAAGCGAGUUGCCUUGCAACAGCAGCAGGACCGCGGGGCCUAG